AUGUCAACAUUUAACGGUAUUGUUGAUGAGUUUCCCGAUAUCCGCAUUGACUUUUUCCGAAAACAUGCUAAUAUACGACCUCCGUUGGCAUGUUUCCUAAGUCACGUACACAGUGAUCAUCUUGCAGGGCUAGAGACUCUGCGAUCGCCAUUUGUCUAUUGCUCGGCCGCGACGAGAGCGAUGCUCUUAAAGCUGGAGAGAUAUCCAUGCCGAAUCAAUUAUUCGAAAGGGAUAUUGGAAGCCCGGAAGCAGACAUACAGCUCCCUCGCUCGGAUUCUAAAACCAAUUCCUUUGGAUACCCCGACAAAGAUUGAACUAGCGCCCAACACGUUUAUCACUGUUACUUUGAUAGACGCAAACCACUGUCCAGGCUCAGUCAUGUUUCUAAUCGAAGGCGGUGGCAGGGCCAUUUUAUAUACUGGAGAUAUUCGGUGCGAGCCAUGGCAUAUAGAAUGCCUAGCAAACAAAUCAUGCUUGCUUGAGUAUACAUCUGGUAUUAAAAUAUUGGACAAAAUCUAUCUCGACACCUCACAUCUUGGCGAUGUCCAUUUUCAACCAAACGCACAGGGUAUUGCAGACCUGGUGCGUAAGGUGACACAAUAUCCUAAUGAUACAAUCUUCUACUUACAUUCUCGUACAUUUGGCUACGAAAAUGUAUGGACUGCUCUCGCCAAGGCACUUGAUACUCAGGUCCAUCUGGACGAUUACAAACUGCGUGUAUACCGUUGCUCCGAGAGCCCGUGGCUCAACGGAUAUGUAGUUGGAAACUCGACGCACCCUGGCUGCUUGUCAUCGAACAGACAAGCAAGGGUCCACGCAUGUGAAUCUCGCGAUAGAUGCGAGACAGCGCGUCAGAAGGGCAUCGUAACGAUAUAUCCAGUCGUGGUGCUCUUUCCUGAUGGUACAGGUAUUCCUGAAAUUGGCGUUGGUGGAGGUGGUAGCGAUUUACAACGCGAGGCGGAACUAGACUUGGUUGAUGUAGAAGACGUUGACCAGGUCCUACAAGACAUCAUCCUACCGCAAGGUGCCUCGGUAGAAGAACUACUUGUGGGAAGAGAAAAGUUGGCUCGCGCUCGUGACACUGGACGCGCAGUUUCUCUAGAUAUUCCGGUGACACGCAUGACUGACGAUCUAAAGUCUGACUUUCAAACCAUUCAAGAGCAAGCUAUGAAUAAAACUAGCCUCCCAACGCAAGAAGCUAUAAUCAACGGAGACAUGGAUUUACCAAAGGUCAUCAAAUUUGCAUUUGCGCGGCACUCUAGCUACCCCGAACAAUGCGAGUUGGUUAAACUUUUUCGGCCCAGAGAUGUUUGGCCUUGUACAGAAAACUUGAAAGAUUGGACAGAUAAAGGGAUCUCUGUUGCUUCACUAUUUGGAAAGUACUGCUCUGGGACCAAUUUCGCGUAUGAUACCCUGUUGGACGAGUUCCAACAAAUGGCUCCGACUAGGCAAGAGGAGCGUGCCCAUACAGAGUCUCAGACCCAUUCAACUCGUUAUGAGACUAUGACAGACUCUGUAUCCCAAAACAUCAGCUCACCCGAGAUUAUAAGAGGUGUUUGCUAUGAUAGUCUGCAAAGUGACCAAUACGAACCUCAUUGUCUUCGAACCAGGCUUGAUACAGUUUUAUCGGAACUAGCAGAGAUAUCUGACUCGGGUGAAGAUGUUUGCUACGGGUCCGUCAAAUCUCUUCCAAAACGAAAAGCACAAGAACAUGUGGAUGAGUGCAGCGUAACGACCAGUUCAAACAAGACUCGACGUGCUGAUAUAGAACAAAGCCCGUCACAAAUUCGACACAGUGUGUAUAACUUGAUGCUGGAAAAUGCAUCCGGCGUUAAUUGGCAUACUAUUUCACUCAUUUCAACUAAUGAUAAUCACUCUAUGCUGGAUCAUGAGCUUUAG